CCAACAAGAAAAAGGAGAAAGAACGGCCAGAGAUCUCUCUCCCGUCAGAUUUUGAACACACGAUCCACGUUGGAUUUGACGCAGUGACAGGCGAAUUUACAGGCAUGCCGGAACAAUGGGCCCGCUUGCUCCAGACGUCCAACAUCACUAAACUGGAGCAAAAGAAGAAUCCUCAAGCCGUCCUAGACGUUCUCGAGUUCUACAACUCCAAAAAGACCUCAAACAGCCAGAAAUACAUGAGUUUCACAGAUAAAUCUGCAGAAGACUAUAACUCCUCAAAUACUGUG